GCUCUGGAGCAAAAAUAUUCAUCCACUUAACAUGUCAAUCAGGAUUAAUGCCCAUACAAACCUCCCCUUUAGGUUCAUCCAGGGCUUUUCACUAGUGGAAGUACCGAAGCCAGGGCAGAGGCGGUGAUAUAUAAGGCAGGACAGGACAGGACAGGACAGGACAGGACAGGACAGGACAGGACAGGACAGGACAGGACAGGACAGGAACACAACAGUAAAAGCCCAGCGGGUUCAGUAGCGCACAUCAAGGAGCGCCGCCUGGACUUCACGUCUCUGCGUCUCUACCAAAGGUUGACAGGCGUAUGACUGAUCACUCACUCACUCACUCAUCUUUAGAGCGUGAUGCACGUCGACUGUCAUGUCCGAGCUCCUUGAAGUCACACACUUCUGCUCUUUUUAAUAUUCCAUCGCCAGUGGAUUACUCAUGCAACAGUUUCUGAGGCUGCAGAUGAGAUUGUUUGCAUGUGGAUAAACUUGCAGGAGCUCGCAAGUCGCUGCCCCGGCACUGUUGGGAGGGGAUAUCAGUGUGUGUGUGUGUGUGUGUGUGUGUGUGUGUGUGUGUGUGUGUGUGUGUGCACGUAAACUUGCAGCGUAAACAUUAUAGGCUAUAUAGCCUACUUAUCGGCUGCCCGCGAGCACUUUUCGAGAUGGAUUUGAAAAGCGCGUGUCGCAUGUGUCUUUUCCCCGUUCAGAUGCUCUAUUACAUACUCAAAGCAAGUUUGUUUUCGCUGUUGCCGAGCACAAGGAAGGACCUGACCAAAGAGGUGGUAUUGAUCACCGGUGGGGGACGAGGCAUCGGGCGGCACCUGGCCAAAGAGUUUGCCAAGCAGGGGGCCAGAAAGGUGAUCUUGUGGGGCCGAACAGAAAAGUGCCUCAAAGAAACUGCAGAAGAGAUCUCUCUCUCAGGAACAGAGUGCCAUUACUUCCUGUGUGAUGUGGCCAAUCGGGAGGAAGUUUACAAGCAAGCCAAGGUGGUUAGAGAAAAGGUGGGAGAUGUUACAAUAUUAGUGAACAACGCAGCUGUAGUCCACGGCAAAAGUCUGAUGGACAGCGAUGACGACGCCCUUCUGAAAUCCCAACACAUCAACACCAUGGGACAGUUCUGGACUACAAAAGCCUUCCUGCCUCGGAUGCUGGAGCUGCAGCACGGCCACGUAGUGUGCAUAAACUCCAUCUUGUCGCAGUCUCCCAUCCCUGGGGCCAUAGACUACUGCACCUCCAAGGCCUCAUCGCUGGCCUUCAUGGAGAGUCUGACGCUGGGCCUGCUGGACUGUCCCGGCGUUGGCUGCACCACUGUGCUUCCCUUCCACACCAAUACAGAGAUGUUCCAGGGCAUGAGAGUCAGGUUUCCCCUGCUCUUUCCACCUCUCCGACCUGAGGUAGUUGCCCAGAGGACUGUGGAUGCAGUCAGAGCUGACAAGGCCUACCUAUACCUGCCCUGGACUAUGCAUGCCCUUGUCUUUUUAAAAAGCUUCAUGCCACAAGUUUCACUUGAAGAAAUCCACAGGUUUUCUGGGAGUUACACCUGCAUGAACACUUUCAAAGGGAGGACAUGAACCUUGAUCGCACACAAUGUGAGAGAGACCUCAACAGCUCUGGGGUGUACUGAAGGGAAUAUGGACCUUAAUACGUCUGGAAGGAGGAUAGAGGAGGCCCCAUGAUUGCGUGAAGACAAAUACUUAGGGGACAUGCAAGGCGGUUGCUUCUGCAGGUAGAAUUAAUUGAUAAAUUGCAGGAUACACUCGGGUCCCAUCUGUAUGUGUGCCUAUGUGUAUAGUAUGAAGGACUGAAUGCCAUUCUAACUUUGAACAGAAGCCAUGCAUAGGUCUGAACCAGUAGUUAUUCUGGGAGGUUUUUUUUUGUGACACUUGUUUUAGCCUGUUUUUACACUUCUUUUUUUAAUUCUUCUUCUUUGAAUCAAAACAAGAUAAUAAAAAUGGAGUUUUAGAGAUGCA